GGAGCCCUGCCGUGGUCUGGAGCGCCCCCUGCCGGAAGUAUCGGAACCCUGCGACCACUGCAGCCCGCUGCUUCUACCUUUUCCUCCGCUGCUGUUUUCCAGAAAGCCUCCUCCCGUCAUGGCGAUGCACGCUAAGGCCACCCCACCUCAGAUCCCGGACACCAGGAGGGAACUAGCGGAGCUGGUGAAGAGGAAACAGGAGCUGGCUGAGACGCUGGUGAACCUGGAGAGACAGAUCUACGCCUUUGAGGGCAGCUACCUGGAGGACACCCAGAUGUACGGAAACAUCAUCCGAGGAUGGGACCGCUACCUCACCAACCAGAAAAACUCCAACAGUAAAACUGACAGAAGGAACCGGAAGUUUAAGGAGGCGGAGCGUCUGUUCAGCAAGUCGUCUGUGACGUCUGUCGCUGCGGUGUGCGCGCUCGGAGGGAUCCCAGAUCACAUGAAUGAAAAGCGCGAAGCCGGCAGCGGCACAGAGAGUGACACGUCUCCGGACCUUCAGAACCAGGAGAAUGAGCCGAGCCAGGACGACACGGAGGACGUGGACUCGGCGCUGCAGGACCUGAAGCCUCAGAAAGCCGCGUCAUCGUCCUCGUCCAGCAGUCACCACGGCAACCACAAGAAGAGGAAGAACAAGAAUAGACACAGCCCCUCCGCCAUGUUUGAUUAUGACUUUGAGUUCGACAUGAAGGUCAACAAGAAACCCAGAGCUGAUUACUCCACCUGAUGGACCGGGCCACUCCAGAACCUCUGCAGACCAGCGUGUUUCUGGACUUUAGUGUGAAACAUUCCCACCUGGUGUCCUGGUUGUGUCCGGAUCAGAACCACCAGAACCAUCCUGUAUUUAUUGUUCAGCUCGUUUGUCUUUGUUUUAUCAGCUGCUUGUUUUACAGAAAACCAAUAAAAUGUUGGAAACGCUGA